GUGGGCUCGGAGUUGGACAGGACGGGACAAUUCUCUGGUCCGCAAUAUUAAAUAAAUGCUGCUCUGUGGGUGAACGCAGACGACGCCAGAUUUUUUAUUGGAUGGGUGACAGAGAUGGCAGCAUCUGCUGUCGCACCUGAUGACAUGACGCUGUUGGUAUUUCCCAUGACAACCGCCUGUCGGAUCUAGUGAAUAUACAGGAGUCACCAUGCCUAUAACACUGCUGUGGGCUGUGGAUGUGUAUGGCAGAGUGUACAGCCUCUCCACAGCCGGGCAGCGCUGGGUCCGCGCUGAUGACAUGCUGCUGGAGCUGAAGCGCGUCACUGCAAGCAAGGAGCGCUGCUGGGGCAUCGGCUGUGAUCACCACAUCUAUCUGAACAUAAUGCCCAGUGAGACUUCCAUCCGCUACCGGGAGGAGACCUAUGAGAACCAGCGGUGGAACCCAGUGGAUGGUUUCACUGACGUGCUGCUUCCCACCGACCGCUGGCCCUGGAGCGAUGUCACAGGGAUGAACCCGCAGCCGCUCAACAGCUUCCAGCUGCCGUCUCGAAGCUGGGAGUGGGAAGGCGACUGGUAUGUGGAUCAGAGCUGUGGAGAACCUGGUCAGACAGGGGGCUGGGAGUAUGCAGUCGACUUCCCAGCAAACUUCUCACCAGACAAGAAGUGGAACUCCUGUGUCCGUCGUAGACGAUGGAUCCGUUACAGAAGAUACACAGCACAAGGAACUUGGGCAAAGAUCCCGCUGGAUAAUCCCAGGAAGCCCCCCCUGCCGCUCUGUGACAUCAGCUGUGGUGGCUGGGAGAUGAGCGACCAAUCAGGGAGGUAUCCAUACCUCUGGGGUGUGACCCAGCAGGGGCAGGUUUGGUUCAGGGAGGGGAUCCAUCCCCGUGUGCCAGAGGGCACCAGCUGGGAGGAGGUGGAAGUACCCAAAGAGGUGGCACAGUUAUCAGCCGGCCCCGGGGAUCUACUGUGGGCUUUACUGUGGGAUGGAAACCUGCUGGUUCGUACAGGCCUCAGUCUGGACAGCCCAACAGGUACCUCUUGGUUGGAGGUAGACUCACCCUCAAAGGAGGUGGAAGCUCUUCAUGUGGCAGUUGGAGUCAGUGUUGUGUGGGUGGUAACAAAAGACUAUAAGGUGUGGUUCAGGCGCGGCGUAAACUCCCACAACCCCUGUGGGUCUGGCUGGAUCAGUAUCGGGGGGGAGAUGAUGAUGGUGGAUGUGGGACUCAAUGAUCAGGUGUGGGCCGUUGGUGAGGAUCGCGGGGUGUAUUUUAGGAUGGGUGUGACGCAGUCUGAGCCAAGUGGAAAUGGCUGGAUCCCUGUUUCAGCCCAGUGGGGGAGCAAUAAAGACCUUAUUCCACCCAGGGAUGAGUGUGAAAUAAGUGGCCAGCUGACUGAGGCCUCACAAGGCUCUGCCCUAAGUGGAACAGAUUCAGACUCGGAGUUGGGUCCUACUAAUUCAGAGCACAGUGCUACUCCUAUACUGGAGGCAGCAGCUCCCUCUAUUGUUCCUUUGGGGGGAACCGAGUCAUCUGCUCCUCCUCAGGAGCUGAAAGAAGCCUCCUCGAACCCUCAACAAGAUGCUCCGAAAGCCUUCAUCCCAGCCAGCGACAGCUUCAUCAACAGCUUGGUCUCUGACCGAGACAGAACAUCCACUAUGCAGCCAUCCAUCACAGAGAUGUUGCAGGAAGAGAGUGUGGAACAGCCGCCAGCUCCGCUCCUCCCCACCCUUCCAACCAGAGGGCACGAUGUCCCCUUUAUGAACGUGGAUCUAGAAGGGGCAGAAGCAGCUCGGGGUGCACAGACAGCAGGGCGUCUGCUGAACGAUGUCCUUGGAAGUCUGGAGAACUCGCAGGGCAUCGGGGAGGAGGACGGACCAGUGUGGACAUGGGUUUCUGGUGGAGGAUGUGAUGUGGAUGCAAGUUCACACAUCAGCUGGCUCAGUCCUACAGGUCCUCUCUCCAGUUCCCUGUCUCUGACUCCGGUCCAAUCAGCAGCCUGGAGCGAGCAGCCCCAGCAACAGGAACAUCAAGAGAUCACCAGGAAACCUUUGGAGAGGAGCAAUUCUGUGUGGGUGCGUAAAGGUGCGUUGCGCUGGUGGAGAGACUGGAAGCCGCAGCGCUGGGUGGAUGUAGGCGUUGCUCUUGAGCAAUCCACCAGGUUGGAUGGGAGGAAGGACAGCAUCUUCUUUGUCUAUUACACUCAAUAUGAUGAGAAAAAGCACCUUCAGGUGUUCAUAAAUGAAGUGACGGCGCUGGUACCGGUUCUGCAGGAUUGCCACUACACUUUUGCAGUUUACACAGCUGAAAGAACCAAACAAAGAUGGCCGCUGGUCUUGGCAGCACCAUCAGAGAAGGAAAUGAAUGACUGGCUUGAACUGUUGUCAGAGUGUUGCUGCAAGUGCAGAGGUAUUGCUGGGGCUCCAUCCACGCAGGCGCUGUGGUCCAUCACCUCCAAGGGAGACAUCAUGGUGCAUGAGCCGUCCCUGUCCCUGGAGGCUUCGGCUCACGCUAUGGCCUGCGACCUAAUGUUUUGGCGGCAGAUCCCGGGCCACUUGCGCUGCAUAGAGUCGAACAGUCUGGGGCUGGUGUGGGGCAUCGGGUGGGAUGGCACUGCUUGGGUCUACAGCGGGAGCUUUGGACAGGAGUCCAGUCAGGUCAACCAUGAGAUGAACUUGCAGACUGAUGUCAGGAGUAUACAUGUGUAUGAGAAUCAGCGUUGGAACCCAAUGACUGGUUAUACUGACAAAGGACUUCCUACCGAUCGCCCCAUGUGGAGUGAUGAGACCGGGCUGAUGGAGUGCACCAAAGGCAAUACGCACCCCCCCUCCCCUCAGUGGUCCUGGGUGUCAGAGUGGGCUGUGGAUUUUAGUGUUCCUGGAGGAACAGACAAAGAAGGCUGGCAGUACGCUGCAGACUUUCCAACGACAUUUCAUGGCCACAAAACAAUGAAAGACUUUGUGAGGCGCCGAAGAUGGACGAGGAGGUGCAAAAUAACAGUGAGGGGUCCAUGGAAGAUGGUGCCACCGAUCCAUCUAAGCGACAUUUCUCUGAUGCCGUGUCUGGCCCAGAGCAAAAUGGAGCAUGUCCCUGUGUGGGCCCUCAAUGACAAGGGAGAUGUCCUGUGUCGCCUGGGAGUGAGCCCCCAGAACCCUGCGGGUAGCUCCUGGCUCCAUGUUGGCACAGAUCAGCCCUUUAAGUCCAUCUCCAUCGGAGGAGCUAAUCAGGUGUGGGCCAUCACUAGGGAUGGGGCUGUGUUCUACAGAGGAUCUGUGUCUCCACAAAACCCUGCAGGGGAAUGCUGGUACCACAUACCCUCUCCUCCCAGGCAGAACCUCAGACAGCUCUCAGUUGGCCGCACAUCUGUCUUUGCUGUAGAUGAAAGCAGUAAUCUGUGGUACAGACAGGGCCUCACGCCCAGCUAUCCUCAGGGCUCUGCAUGGGAGCUCAUCUCCAACAACGUCAGCAAGGUGUCUGUAGGGCCCCUGGACCAGGUUUGGAUCAUUGCAGACAGAGUUCCAGGAUUUCCUACUGAACCCCCCGGGGCCGUCUGCCACAGGAUGGGUGUUGGACCAAUGCAGCCCAAGGGCCUUUCCUGGGACUAUGGGAUAGGAGGAGGAUGGGAGCACAUCAGUGUGAGAGGAAUCAGCAGAGCCCCUUCGGGUCCCUCACCUUCCUCCUAGCGGCCCCCCGCGCAGCCCGGCCCUCCAACGCCCUGCGACCCAAGUGAACGGGAGUGCUGUGUGUGUGUAGCGUUCCCACUGUCCCUCCUAAGAGCCCCUAGCCCCCUUUGUGCCUGGAGAUGCAGUCGUUUCCUCGGACCUAUAUGGCAUUCCUUUUACGUAAAGGGGAAGCACAACCGUAAAAACUGACUAUUUUAACAAAGUAUUUUGACUGGAUUUGAUCGAUGGAUGAAUGUUACAGCAGGGCUGUUUUGCACAGAUAGAAAACAUCUCAGUAUUCAGUGAGGAUAGAGGAGAGAAAGCAAAAAACUAAGACAAAGUAUGGCUUUCCUAAUGUCCUAUAAUACUUUUUUCACUUUCAAAACAAAAGUAAAUGCAUGUUUGACCUUUGAUCAUGUUUUGACCACUGCAGUGAAGAAAAAGCUUGUAUGGGUAUUUACAUCUUGCUGGGGGAAAAGAGGGAAAGAUUUUAAUUAAGGGCUAUGCUUUGGUAUCUCUGUGAACAGUGUCAUUUAAAUGGACUGGGUUUUAGUUCUUCUCAUUUUUGUUGAUUCACUUAAAGUCAUUCCAAAUACACUGUUAAAAUGGGUUUCUUUCUGUCCUGCCCUUUGCUGUUGCAGUGUUACGACUUGCUUACAGAGCUUUUUUACUAGAGUGAAACAUCUUUGUCUUUUCCACCCGGGGACACCUCAGUCCUUUUUGCAAUAAAUAAAUGUUUCUGUUCAUGCACUCCACCCCCCCUGCAGAGACGGUUGACACCACAGCAGGUGUUGGCAUCAUAACAUGACCAGAUGUGUUAUAAAGAGUAUUGAAAUGUGAAAUAAAGACAAAGUACU